CCUCGCCAGAGAAAUGCAGAGCACAGUAUCAUUAGGAGAAUUGGUUUGGGGCGGCGCAUCAGGAGCAGAGCGCAUCCACCACUGGAGGGAUCAAAUCUGUGCCAUCUGACGCUCAAGGAUUUAUGGGUUUAGUCCAAAUUGCUUUUCCCAGUGUGGAGAUUAAGCUGUGUGAUGUUAACAGGACAGACGUCCGUGUUCGUUUGGGCUGCAGAGCGCCGAGGAUGUGAACAUUGAAUAGGGAUAUGAGCACCAUGCAGCUGGAGACUGUGUUUGUGUUCAUCUGCGUCUGUGUGCUGGGCGCCGCCGGAAGAUCGGCCCACAGAAGAGGUCCCAGACAGGAGCCCUACAAGCAAAGCAGAUUACGGAGAGAAACGACACGAGUGGAUGGAGGAGCCCAGAAGUCUGGCAGCCCAAUCUUCAGAAGAAGUCCAGACAUGACAAAGUCUCCUAUGACCAAAUCUGAGCAGCUGUUGAGGAUAGAUGACCAUGACUUUACAAUGAGACCAGCAUUUGGAGGACCUCCGAUCCCAGUAGGUGUGGAUGUUCAGGUUGAAAGUCUCGACACCAUCUCUGAGGCUGACAUGGAUUUCACCAUGACACUGUAUUUGAGGCAUUACUGGAAAGACGAGCGCUUGUCCUUCCAGAGCAGCAAUAAUCAAAGCAUGACGUUCGACAGCCGGCUGGUGAAGAAGAUCUGGGUGCCCGACAUGUUCUUUGUUCAUUCCAAAAGAUCUUUCAUCCACGACACGACAACAGACAACUUGAUGCUACGAGUGUAUCCCGACGGAAACGUGCUCUACAGUCUGAGAGUGACCGUCACUGCCAUGUGUAACAUGGACCUGAGCCGCUUUCCUCUGGACACACAGACGUGCUCACUGGAGAUCGAGAGCUAUGCGUACACUGACGACGAUCUUAUGCUUUACUGGAAGAAGGGCAACGAGUCGCUGAACACCGAUGACAAGAUUUCUCUGUCCCAGUUUCUCAUCCAGAAGUUCCACACCACAACUAAGCUUGCGUUCUACAGCAGCACAGGUAAUGCUUCAGUGCUCUCAGAUGCUCGUCUGAAUGUUUAG